CGUGGUUUCGAGGAAGCAAUAUAAGCGGGGGGGGUUUUGUGUACGUUGAACCUAAGAAGUUUUCGAUACGCAAGCUUAAGAAAACCAAUAUAAUACUGUCACCAUGAUGUCCACAGAAGAUGUUUUGUCCCUGAAGGAGCCUGAAGAGCAAAACCUAACUAAAGCCGCGGAAGAACUUGUGAUGUGGAAGAACAAAGUUGACAACGCUGAUACAGAGAAGUCCAGACUUCUCUUGGACAAACUAAGUGCUGAGGAUACCAAAAAACAAGCCCAAAAGGAAACGUUGGAGCUCUUGGAGGAACAGAAAAAAAAGGAGGCUAUGUUUAAUAAAAGGAGUAAAGAACAAAAGGACAGUAUUCUGCUACUUGAGACAAAUAACCAGGCACUGAUGGAACAACUAAAGAAAUAUGAAGACAUGCUGAAAAUCAAGAAAGCUGAAUAUUCAUCACUCCUGCAAAAAUCAAAGGUUAUAGCAGACAUCCCUGAAACAAAGGUGAGAUUCACAGGAGUGGAGACAGGAGAGGACAGAGACUAUGACAACAUUGUGGGCGUGUUCACCAUUACCCAGAGGCCCUCAUUCCAGCUGACAGGAGGGCAAGCUCUCAUCACUUUUGAGGAAGAGGAAGUGGCAGAAAAGAUUCUGAAGCUGCCCAAGUGCUCUGUGGCAUUUGAAAAACACAGAAUGGACCUGAAGCCCCACUGUGUGCAACUGGAUCCCUCUGUGAAGUUUGAGGUGCAUAUGAACGUGUCUAAGAAGAAGAUCCGUUUCUCCAACCUUCAGCCUUACCUGCCAGUGGAGUGCAUGAGUCAUCAUCUGGAGAUGAGUUUCUCCAAGCCCAGCCAAGGGGGAGGGGAGGUGGAGGAGGUGGCCUACAACAUGGACACUAACGAUGGCCAAAUCUCCUUCCUCAAUACUGGAGUUGCUGAGUCUUUGGCCCUGAAGAGGAAGCACAUCGUUGAUGUCAGUCAUGAGGUUCAUGUCCAUCCUUAUUUCAAAUACCAGCUGAAGAAAUUUCAGACUAACUGUGGGGUGCCGAAGCGUACGGUCCUGAUUGGUGGGAUCCAGGAUGUCCUGGAUGAAGAGGAUCUGCAGGAUCACCUCGAGAUCCAUUUCCAGAAACCCUGUAACAAUGGCGGAGAGGUGGAGAGCAUCAAGUACAUCAGUCGACCCAAUACAGCUGAUGCCCACUUCUCUGAGGACACCGCAUAAACCAAAUGUGUAUGAAGACAAUGCAUAUGGAAACAGUCAAUUCAGUUUGUAUAGGGGGUUUUAUGAGUAAGUAUUUACACAAAGUAGAAUUAUAGUCCUGAACCCUCCUUGAGCAUGCGUAGGGCAACAGUGGCAAGGAAGAACUCCCUGGUGAGUAACAAGAAGAAACUUUUCAGCAGAACCUGACUCAGAAAAGCCAAUCUGCUGCUGACUGGCUGGUUAGUUGGGAAAAAAAGAUGAUUACAUAAUACAUGCCUAAUAAUAUCAUGAAUGUAUAGUGUAUAAAACAUUGCUGCUUUUUGUCAAUGAGAGCCUCGUUCAGGUCAGUGCAAUAUUAUUUGCACUGCACCUUUUACAGAGUACUGUCAUAAAUACGCUUUCCAGAGUGACAUAAGGGAAAAAGGGGAAAAAAUACAUUUGUGGUGUAAACACCGGUAGAGGAGAUACUGUCUUUUGGAAAAGAUGCUAAUCCGAGGUCCUUACUCUCUCAUUCAAGACCCCACUGAACUUUUGCGAAGAGUAGGGGAUUGUGGAACACUGUGAAUGGAUUUGAGAUUAGUUGAAUUGCACUAUAUCCAAAAAUGACUUACCAAAUUAUUAAAGAUCAAAUUAAUUAUCCUCUUUGCAGUUUAGUUAGUGUUGUGGCACAGUCUGAAAAUAGGUUGACUCUUAAAUCAUCCUUUGGUGUGGCAAAUGUUUUAAUGUUGCUUGAUUGGUUUCAUUUUAAUUUAAUCUGUUAUUUGAAAUAAAUAAAAAUAAUAAAUCUGUC